AUGCUGAUUUGUAACCAUAAGGCUGCUGAAAAGUCACUCGAUGAGUUGAAAAGCCUCAAGGGAGCCAACGAAGCUCAAGCUGCCAACGAACUCGCGCAGCGCCCCAACUUUGUUAACCCAUUCAUAAUUGCAUGUGGCACCAAAAAUGCAAAGUUUACCGGAAUCGCCAUCGUCUGCCUCCAGAGGCUCAUCGUCGCCCGCGCGCUUCCCAGGGGGAAGUUGAACCAGGUCCUCGAAGCCUUGAGAGAGGCCACCUCUGCAGGUCUCGAUGUUCAACUCAAAAUUCUCCAGGCCCUGCCUUCUCUCUUGCAAAACUAUGCCACCGACCUCAAGGGCGACCUUCUCAUCACUGCCUUGAACAUUUGCUUCAUUCUGCAGACCAGCAAGAAUGCCAUCGUCAACAACACAUCGGCUGCCACUCUCCAGCAGUUGGUCGUCUCUGUUUUCGACAAGGUGGUUACCGAAGAUAAAGCUGCGACUCCAGGAAGUCCCGCCGGAGAGGCCCCGACUGGCGAUGGCGUGGUUGAGCUACGCGCAGCCGCCUUGGAUGCCCACAGGAUAUUCAACGACCUCUGUCUCAUGACUGAAAACCAACGUCCGGAGUACUUGAGAUUCUCCGGCCUUCCUCAGACGUUUGGUCUAGAGCUGAUAGAGUCGGUCCUAACCAACCACGCCGCAGUCUUUUCAACCCACAAAGAGCAGGCACACAUCCUCCAGAUCCGCGUAAUGCCCUUCAUUAUCAGCGCUCUUAAAGGCAGACCAAAUUUUGCCACAUCUGUCCGCCUUGUUCGGAUUCUUUACACACUAUUGCGAAGACAUAUCAACAUUCUCCCGGCAGCCAGUGGCGACGCCUUGGACAUUUUGACGCAUCUACUCGACCAGGACACCGCCGUGUGGAAGCGGGCCCUCUGCCUAGAGGUCUUUAGGGGCAUUUUCGCCGAACACGCCCUUAUCAGACGGAUCUUUGUCAACUACGAUGCCAAGGAAGGCGAGAAAAACAUUGUCAAACACUUGACAGCGACGUUUGUGAGGCUCAGCACCGAGAAGCCAUCUGUUAUUGGAUUGGGUCACCAGUCAACCAUACCUGUGGCGAACCCCUAUGCUAGCAUCGCAUCAUCGACCGACCAGGCCAUGUUGGAAGCCAGUGGCGUCACUGGUAUCAUCAGCGGAUCUGUUGGUUCGGAUGGUUCUAAUAUCGGAAUCAGCACGCAGUGGAGCAAUGUCAGAGUUCCGUGCAUUGACCAACUGGACAAGACCGAGGCACCGUCUAUCCCAGAGUCCUACAUCUACAGUCUAACAUUGUCCUGCAUCUCAUCGCUUUCUGAGGGCCUCGCAAAGUUCAUUCUUCCCCUGACAGUACCCGGAGAAAGCCGAAGUCGCAAGAGAGGUGGAAAGCAGGAAGCAGGGCGCGACUCCCCGGCACCAUCACAGGAGGAUGCUGAAGGCCAACGCGGUGCAUUGGAACGAUCAGCCUCCUUCAAGAAGAAUCCGGUUCCAAUCAACCCACUUGUCUUGGAGGAUCAUCCGUUGCACAAUGAGGUGAAGAUCUGUGCAGCCAUCAUUGAUGAAUGCUGGCCAGCGAUUCUUGCCACUUGCUCAACCUUCCUCUACGCUGCCAUGGACUCCGAGUACUACCACAGUCUCGUCAGAGCGUUCCAAAAGUUCGCUCAUGUAGCCGGACUGCUUCAGCUGUCGACUCCGAGAGAUGCUUUUUUGACAACGCUUGGAAAGGCCGCCGUCCCUCCAAAUGUCUUCACAGCAUGCCUCAAUGCCGGGACAGCUCGACCCACAACACCCACGCCAACUAACGAAGCUCCUAGCAGCAUUUUCAGUAAUGCUCGAGGGCUGCUUAGCGUUGACAGCUUAGCGACGCAGUCCACGCCGAUCACCGAAAAAGGACGGCAGCAAAGCGUCGAUGGAAGCCAGAUGACUCUUAACACUCGAAACCUCCUUUGCUUGAGAGCCCUCUUGAACCUCGGAAUCGCCCUCGGUCCGACCCUGGGCCCAUCCUGGCGUAUCAUACUCGAGACCUUGCAGCAAGCUGAUUUCGUUCUCUUUUCCACGAGUAAGACUCCUGGACGAACGCCUCUCGCCACGAAAGGGACAGAUCAUCAGGCAGAGGGCGAAGCAAGCGCUCUGUUGUCGAACUUUGCCUCUGAAGUAAGAGCUGUGGAGACAGCUGCCUCAAGACUUAUUGAAAGCACGAUUGACUUCCCCAAUGAUGCUUUUGGAGAGGUCGUGACGGCGAUCUGUAACCUCCUAGAGAGAGCAAACGAAGAGAAGCAAAACGCCGAGACCGCAAGUCAGCCACAGUCUCCGCAAUCCGGCAGUAUAAAACCCCCGGGCCAACAUCGCCGAGUGCUCAGCGUUUCUACGACUGCCGCCGCCGGACCAAACCAAGAAGACCACUUCGCCCUCGCCAAGCUAGGUGAUAUUGCCACAAUCAACAUUGACCGUCUCCUAUCGUACCCACCUGAUGUGUCAGGAUGGACGCCGCUGACAUCCGAGCUCAUCCACAUUCUUAACGCGUCUGCAAUGAAUGCCUCCGUAAGACUGCGCGCUGCAGAUAUUCUGGUUAGACUGGCUCUCGAGUCGGCUAAUGUAGCGGCUACCAUGGAACGCGAUCAAUGUGGGAAAGUGCAGCUUCUCCUCCUAGAGGCACUGCGAGACGCCCUCAUGCCUUUGCAGCGGGAUGACAGGGAGGUGACUGUGGCUAGCCAUGGAACGGAUGUCGAAAUCCACAAGGUGGUGCUCGAAGGCUUGAAGAACCUGCUCGAAAAUUGCGGCGAAACUCUUGUCAGCGGCUGGGAGAUCGCCUUUGAAAUCAUCGGUUCCAUCUUCAUCGACAAGAAGUUCGCCCCUGGUGAGCGCCGGGGUUCUCAAACGGUUGUUCUCAUGACACGAUCAGCGAAGCUUGUCAGAUCUUCGUUCAAUUCUCUUCAACUUAUCUGUUCUGACUUCCUAGCGUCCCUGCCCAAUUCCUGCUUUCUCAUACUUGUUGAUACCCUAUACAAAUUCUGCUCGCAAGAUGACGAUCUCAACAUUGCCCUUACGACCGUAACGUUUUUCUGGGUACUCUCCGACUUCCUCUCUGGCAAGACGGAAUCCCUGCCAAUCACCGCCGAUCUGAUGCAGGGCUCGAGUAUUUCGGAUCUAGCUGCGCUUGCCGCAAACUCUGAGCACACGGCAUCGGAUGCUGCCCUGUGGAUGCUUCUGCUCCUCAGGCUCACGACCGUCACUGCCGAUGAGAGGCUUGAGCUUCGAAACAGCGCAAUUCAGACACUGCUCAGGAUCUUUGACGCGUACGGCGACAAGCUCAGCCCUGAGGCCUGGUCCAUCUGCGUCAAGUCCGUGGUUUUCAAACUUCUGUCUUCGAUCGAAGACGAGCUCCAGGCUGCUGCCAGUGAAAACUCAGCACACCGCGACCGUAAGGAAUGGCACGAGACCGCGGUGGUGGUCUUGAACGGCAUAUCCGAACUCCUGGCCACAUACAUGGAGCCUCUCUCGACUCAUUCCUCCUUCAACGGCCUCUGGCAGGAACUUCUGGGCCACUUCACAACUUUGCUCGACUUCAAGGUUCUCAACAUCAACACGGCCACCUACAAGGCUCUUGGGAAGGCCAUCAAGUUCGAGGAAGAACCGGGCAGGCCGAUCUUUGACACGGAUACGGUCAAUGCCGCGUGGGAAAUGUGGUCCCGGGGAACACCAACCUCCCUCGACGAGGACGAUGGAAAGAAGGCUGACAACCAGAACUGCUUGAUAGCCUACGUCGCCGCCUUCCAUGACGUCUAUCAGCUGGUCCAGCAGGACCUGACGGUUGACCGAGUGCGCCAGAUGCUCACCCUCUUCCGCGAGGCCCUGCAACAAGCCACUGUCGGAGCCUAUGUCAACGACGUUGAGUACGUCACGCCACUACAGAACCAGGUCCUCGAAGCCAUCAAGAUGGUCCGAGCAGACCUCGCCGGCGUGCCCUCCGCAAUGAUCUCCCAGGUGGCAGAGUUCGUCCGCUUAGCAUUCUCAGAUGAAGCUCUCAAGUCCCACGGCUCCACGAGGAGAACCUACAUCGCAAUGUCCAAGGCUAGCAUGGCGAUUCUGCAGACCCUCAUUCUGAAGAACGCUUCCGACGCGGAUAUCUACUCCAGCGAAGCCUUCUCCGCCGCCCUCUCGGCCCUCUCCAAGCCCGUCAUCCUGAAAUACGGCUUCCCGAUCGUCACAAAGUCAGCACAACCAUGGCGCCUGUCCACAAACACAAUCAUCGCCGUCCUGGAAGCCACACUCCCGCAGAUCCGUAAUCUCGAAGUGCCUCGCGAGACCCUGCAGUCCAUCUGGCAGAUGAUUGUCGAAAUCGCAGACGGCAUCGUCAGCGCAGACACAAACGUCGCCCCGCCGUCCGCCGACCUCGCCGACGACGAGUCGUUCGACAUCACGUCCUUCCACAAACUCCGCGAGCUCAUCAUCCCCUCCCUCGGCGCCGAGGCAAUCCCAGACACAACCCGCAAAGCCUACGCCGAAUCCCUCUUCCGCACCACAAUCAUCCACGCCCCCUCUCCAGCGGAAGCAGCCCUCCUCUCCACAAGCGACGGCACCGGCCUUGCAUCCCUCUACACCAAACGCAACGGCCGCACCAUCGAUCCCGCGCCCACCCGCCGCCAGCGCAUCGCCUACGUCUGCCUCGUCGAGCUCUUCUCCCUCGUCUCCGUCUACAGCGAAGACUCCGUCCGCAUCGUCGUCCAGCCGCCCACGCCGGCCUUCCCGCCACCCCGCUCCGUGCUCUCCGAGGCGCCCCAGGCCCUGCACAUCCGCAUCGCCCGCACCGCCGCCCCCUUCCUCAUCCUCCGCACCGCGCUCACCAUCCGCGCCUACAUCGCCGACCAGCCCCUCCGCGGCCGCAUGCCGCAGCCACUCUCCCAGCGCAAGGAGCUCCUCCGCGUCCUCCGGCAGCUCGUCGACCUCACCUCCACCUCGGACGCGAUCCCCGACACCCCCAACGUCGAGAGCGACGGGAGGAAGCACCUGCUGCGCCUGUACCCGCUCCUCGUCAGCGCGGUGCAGGUGGCAGGCGGCUCGGGCGACGAGGCGGUCCUGAAGCUGUGCACCGAAGCCCUCGAGGUCGUAGGCGGCGAACUCGGGCUUUAA